UCAAAAAGUCAAGUCGUCAGUUUCUGCGGCGUGAAGAACCAUGGAGAGUUUCGCGUUUCGCAGUUCUACACCACAUGGGUCAGGCACGAUCCAGACGGGCAUUUUCUAUUUUCCAUUGUAUCUUCGUUUCGUCUUUCUACUGGGCUUUCCUCCUCACCUCCACUACUACUGGUUCUGGAAUCCAGUUUCCAACUGCGGUCUGCAAGCGUACCCAGCGUGCCCCUGCACUAUACUCUAUGGUCUGCACUCGAAAAUGUUACUUCGGCCACGAGCAUCACCUGUUCCAGGAGCGACCACUACUGCUUCUACAUUCCCUCGCCAGUGGCGUCCUGCUGGUAGACUGGACUUGUCUCCUCGCCCUGCACUACUACUGGUUCUGCAAUCCUGUUUCCAGCUGCGGUCUUCAAGCGUACCCAGCGUGCCCCUGCACUACUCUAUGGUCUGCACUCGAAAAUGUUACUUCGGCCACGAGCAUCACCUGUUCCAGGAGCGACCACUACUGCUUCUACAUUCCCUUGCCAGUGGCGUCCUGCUGGUAGACUGGACUUGUCUCCUCGCCCUGCACUACUACUGGUUCUGCAAUCCUGUUUCCAGCAGCGGUCUUCAAGCGUACCCAGCGUGCCCCUGCACUACUCUAUGGUCUGCACUCGAAAAUGUUACUUCGGCCACGAGCAUCACCUGUUCCAGGAGCGACCACUACUGCUUCUACAUUCCCUUGCCAGUGGCGUCCUGCUGGUAGACUGGACUUGUCUCCUCGCCCUACACUACUACUGGUUCUGCACUCCCGUUUUCGACUGCGGUCGGUACCUAGCAGGCUCCAGCACGUCGACUCUCCUUUCUGCACUCCAAAAGAGAUUACUUCGGGCGCCAGCAUCACCCGUUCCAUGAGCGACUGCUUUUGCUUCCACGUUCUCUCGCGGACGGCGUCUUGCUGUAAGACUGGACUUAGCCUGGCGUCCUUGCACUUAAUUCUGGUUCCCAGUGUUUGCUGUCGCUUGUGGCGCAAGAGAAUUGUUCCAGACGCUCAUUUACAAGAAAAUCCCUGACCUUGCCUCACGAGCAACAAUCUUCAGCACGGUCGUCCUGCCACGUCCUCUAUACAAGAUUCCUCAUACUCGUGAACGCGUCGCACGUCUGUCAUGGCGGUGUCCUGCACUGUGUGGACGGCGUGUUCAUGCUCUGAAGGACUGCGUGUCGUCACCGUCCCAUCAGCAUCGGAUGUGCUCCUACAGUUCGGUGUUGCCUUUUUGCACAGGCAUAUUUAAGUUUAGCGUAGCGAGCUUCUCUGCUUUGGAAGAGGGGUACGUUGCUCUGCGAAUGGACGGCGCUUUUAGGAAUCGAGUUAAUACGAAGCAGAACAGUAAAAGAGGUCUGGUUACGUGGACACCACUCGGUCCUUAAUAAGGGAUGUCAAUGUUUUCAUGACUCGAUCAGUAAAUUUUUGGUGGCGAGAGUAAUGGACAUUCAUUGACAUUGUGCACUUUUGUAGUAACGUGUGUGUGUGUGUGUGUGUGUGUGUGUGUGUGUGUGUGUGUGUGUGUGUGUGUGUGUGUGUGUGUGUGUGUGUGUGUGUGUGUGUGUGUGUGUGUGUGUGUGUCCUACUAAGUGCUCCAUCUUUCCGAUCGACAACGUAUGAUGUGGGUUCCGCAGCUAGCUGGCGCACUUCGAAUUUUUUUAUAUGUUGGUAGCAUUUCCAGCGUCACAGUUGCUUCACUUUACCCGGUUCAUUCCUGUUGAGAUUCCUGGUUUGAUGGUUUACUAUCGUCUAUGGACAUGCGCUUUUGGAUUCGUCGAACCGCUGGUUUCCUUUACUUUGGACCAUGGGUUGAUCGCUGUGGUCGUUUCAGCAUUCAGCAGGUAUUGUUCGGACGCCUUUCUCGUGCCAGAAACGGUCUUGACACAUUCUCGGUUCUUCCACGUUGCUCAUCACUGGCUCGGAAAGAUUAACAUGCCACUACAAAAGGACACAAUGUCAGUGAAUGGGAAAGGGGAGGGUGGUUAUUCUCGCCAACAAAGAUUUCCUGAUUUGCUCAUGAUGAUAAUGACGUCCAUCUUUAAGACUGGUUGGUGUCAAAGGUCACCGGGCUCGCUGUUUCUAGUUUUCUGGUGUCCUUCACUACUCAAAUGCUCUUAUGGAUCUACAUGGUCCAACCUAUGUAUUACCUGUCGUUUAUCAGACAGUGCUUCCCGCUGUCGUCGCUUGUUCACCGCUUACACAGUGCCGUAGUUUGAUAUUUGUGUCCAUAACUAUCGCGUACUCUGCAAGAUAGGUAAGAAUACUGAAGCGCCCUGGCGCCUUUCACGCUCCUGUGACGUCGUUGCCUGCUGACUUGUUCAGAUUACGCACACUUGUGUAAUCUCGCGAUUAAAGUGCACCGCGUGAGCCAUUGUCAAACAGCUACUUCGAAGGGGCUACAUGUACUCCCCUUAUGCCAAGUCGUGUGUAAACGUCUAGAGAAGUCGCGUGCACGAGCUCGCUCAAAGAAAUCUUGAUUAGAAAAUGUCUGCUCGUUUUUUUUUUUUUUUUUUUGAGUGUUGAAGCGAAUUAAGUUUACCAGGUUCGCCCCCGUACUUUCUUUUUUUUUUUGCUGCACGCUGUCUUUCCAUUGCUCUUCGCAUGCAUCUUAUUGCGUUUGCGUUGAAUAGUGAUUGAAUUUGCACAUGCUACCACUGUUCUAAUCUCGAUAUAAGAACGCACACUUGAUUUAUUGCGAAUUCCAUUGUUCCCAACGUGUAAUAACCUUACCUCUGCGUUGCUCGAUGACCGAAUAUAACAUGAGCACUGUCCGUGGUAAAUGGUUACGUAUGCCGCAUUGCUCUGCCUUUUUUUUCUCGCUGCGCUGUGAUGAAAGUCGAGCAACCACGCAUGCGCGGUUGUGCUCAGUCGAAUGCAUUUUUUUAACCUCUAACAUCCACACAGCGCAGUGGAGCCUUACUGUAGAAAGUAUUAGUUUCCAUCUUCAGUUAGACGACAGUCCUGCAAUUGCGCCACAAUACUCGCAAUCGGUUUACGAUACGACCAGUGUGGCGAUUUGGACUUCAUAUGCAUCCGCCGUGGUUGCUUAGGGGCUACGGUGUUGGGCUGCUAAGCACGAGGUUUCGCUAUCGAAUCCCGGCCAUGGCGGCCGCAUUUCUAUCGGGGCGAAAUGCUAAAACACCCGUUUACUUAAUUUAGGUGCACGUUAAAGCACCCCCGGUGGUCCAAAUUACCAGAGUCUCCCACUGCGGCAUGCAUCAUCAGAUCGUGGUUAUCGCACGUAAAACCUCAUAAUUUUUAUUCGUAUGUCAUUGAAGGCUUUUCUUCUUUUUUUGUGCGUAACUCAAGUGGUACGUGGACGCAGAGAAAGAACAAGAAACCCACGCAGCACUCAAUAGUUCGCAAUACGACAGCGAUGCACGAAAUAACUGCACAAUGAGGUCAUAUUGGAGGAUGCGACGUGGUAUAUAUAGAUCGUCGUCUUAAAAUGUGUUUUAGUCCCUUCUGUGCGUUUCGCAUCGGAAAGUUCGAAUACUUGCGCGCUUUCUCGUUUACUGAAAACAAAUGCCGGAAUCGUUUUUUUUUUUUCAUCUCCCAGCGAAGGUGCUCUACUACGCUUACCCGUUUCAGAUACGUUUUGCAGCUUGCAGCUAUUUGAGCUUUAAUGUAUGCAAAAAAGUCUGUUACUGCGCCUUGAUUUAUGCUGUUAUUUUCGAUUUAUUGAUCUAAGAAAACUUAAGUUUUGCAUUUUUAUACGGCGAAGUAUCGUGAAGCUGAGAAAUUAUCUGUGCUAUGUAAAUUUCGGUAUGUAUUUGACAUGUAUUCCUGUACAUAUGUAUAAAUGUAUGUUAAUGCACUGUAUAUAUGCUGCUGUUUGCAGCAUCUGGGUUUAAGUCCAGUCAUGUAGCAUUGAAUCGCUUUUAAUUCCGUUUACAGUCGUGUUUUGCGCUGGUUGUACUGAGUAUGCAUUGCAUUAAACUGCACCUUGCCCAAAUCAUCUGUCAAAAUAAAACUUCUUAUUCUUGUU